GAUGACGACUGAAGACGAUCAAUGAUUGCACUUUCAUAGUCAAAUUAUAGAUUUACAAACAAAAAAUCAUCUUAUUAGUUCAGUAUAUUACUAUUUAAAUUGAAAAAAGUUGUAAUUCAAUUGAAAAUUAAUUUCAUUUUCAUGAUUUGUCGUUGAUAAAAAUGAAAAUAGUUUUUAUCUUCAAUCAUAAAGUAUAGAGUACUAAAUUUGACUAGUUUCCGGCUGUAGCAAAUUAUUUUCUUGAGGUGCGCGAACGACCAAAACCGAACAAUCCACCAAGGUAGGAAAGAUCAAGAUCCAAGUAUGAUAAUGGCGUGGCAACCUCAAGAGGAAGGUUUACGACAAAUUCUUCAAAUCUUGAAGGAAAGCCAGUCGCCAGAUACAGCUACACAACGAGCUGUUCAGCAAAAAUUGGAAGAAUUCAACAAGUUUCCAGACUUUAACAAUUAUUUGAUCUUUGUCUUGACAAAGUUGACAACUGAAGAUGAACCAACAAGAUCAUUGAGUGGAUUGAUUCUGAAGAACAACGUGAGAGGACAUUACGACAAGUUUGUGCCCGAGGUAGCCGAGUUCAUAAAGCAGGAAUGCCUGUCGUCGGUGGGCGACCAGUCGCCGCUGAUCCGAGCCACGGUCGGCAUCCUCAUCACGACCAUCGCCUCCAAGGGCGACCUCAUCACUUGGCCGGAGCUGCUGCCCGCUCUCUGCAACAUGCUCGACUCGCACGACUACAAUGUCUGUGAGGGUGCAUUUGGAGCUCUGCAGAAAAUUUGUGAAGAUUCCACCGAAUACUUGGACAGCGAUGCCCUGAAUAGGCCUUUGAAUGUCUUGAUUCCAAAGUUUUUGCAGUUUUUCCGUCAUUCUAGUGCCAAGAUAAGAUCUCAUGCUGUGGCUUGUGUGAACCAGUUUAUAAUGAAUAGAGCGCAGGCGCUGAUGGUGAACAUCGAUGGCUUCAUUGAGAAUCUGUUCCACCUGGCUACUGAUGAGGAUGCUGACGUUCGCAAGAAUGUGUGCCGCGCUCUUGUCAUGCUCCUUGAGGUUCGAAUGGACAGACUACUGCCGCACAUGCACGACAUCAUAGAGUACAUGCUGCAGCGCACCCAGGACAACGACGAGGGCGUGGCGCUGGAGGCGUGCGAAUUCUGGCUGUCACUGGCCGAGCAGCCCAUCUGCAAGGAAGUGCUCACUCAGCAUCUCAACCGACUCGUGCCCGUCCUUGUCAAGGGCAUGAAGUACUCCGAAAUCGAUAUCAUACUCUUGAAGGGAGACGUUGAAGAGGAUGAGAUGGUGCCGGACAAGGACGAGGACAUCAAGCCGCGCUUCCACAAGUCGCGCACGCACACCGUGCGGCACUCGGACGGCACUGAGAACGGCGAGGAGGAGGGCGACGAUGAUGACGACAUCGGCGAAGAUGGAUCCCUGUCUGACUGGAAUCUCAGAAAAUGCAGUGCAGCUGCCCUGGACUGCUUAGCUAAUGUGUUCAGAGACGAAUUGCUUCCCGUACUUGUGCCCAUUCUCAAAGAGAUGCUUUUCCAUCAAGAAUGGGACAUCAAGGAAUCUGGAAUCCUUGCAUUGGGAGCCAUUGCUGAAGGUUGUAUGCAAGGAAUGAUUCCACACCUGAGUGAACUGAUUCCGUACUUGAUUGGGUGUCUCUCUGAUAAGAAGGCGCUGGUGCGAGCGAUCACCUGCUGGACCCUUUCGCGCUACUCCCACUGGGUUGUUAGUCAGCCGCAUGACAACUACCUCAAACCUUUGAUGACCGAGCUGCUGAAGAGAGUUCUCGACCCGAAUAAGAGAGUGCAGGAGGCAGCUUGCUCUGCCUUCGCCACCCUCGAAGAAGAAGCUUGCACCGAGCUAGUUCCUUACCUUGGAUUCAUCCUCGAAACACUAGUCUUUGCUUUCAGCAAGUAUCAGCAUAAAAACUUGCUGAUUUUGUACGAUGCAAUCGGCACAUUGGCCGACUCUGUUGGUCAUCAUCUCAACAAGCCCGACUACAUCAAUCUGCUAAUGCCACCUCUCAUCCAGAAAUGGAAUAUACUCAAGGAUGAGGAUAAGGACCUUUUUCCUUUGCUCGAGUGUCUGUCAAGUGUGGCUACAGCGCUGCAGGUGGGAUUUCUGCCAUACUGUGAGCCAGUGUACAGGAGAUGUGUGUCGUUGGUGGAGCAAACCCUCAACCAGCAUAUAGCAAAUACGCAGAGUCCAGAGCAGUUUGACGCGCCAGACAAGGACUUCAUGAUCGUGGCCCUGGACUUGUUGUCAGGCCUGGCCGAAGGACUCGAUGGUCACAUUGACAAGUUGGUGGUCAACUCCAACAUUAUGAACUUGCUCUAUCAGUGCAUGCAGGAUCCAACAGCCGAAGUCAGGCAAAGCUCCUUUGCAUUGCUCGGUGAUCUCACCAAGGCAUGUUUCCAGCAUGUGCUUCCAUGCAUAUCUGAAUUUUUACCAAUAUUAGGACAAAAUUUGAACCCAGAGAUGAUAUCCGUGUGCAAUAAUGCUACUUGGGCUAUUGGUGAAAUCUCUGUUAAAUUAGGUGAAGAAACUAGACCGUACGUUCCUCUUGUAUUGGCACAACUGAUAUUGAUCAUCAACAAACCCAACACGCCAAAAACGCUUCUGGAGAACACAGCAAUUACAAUUGGCCGGCUAGGUUUUGUGUGCCCCCAUGACGUGGCUCCCAUGUUGCAACAGUUUGUUCGCCAGUGGUGUAUGUCGUUACGUAACAUUCGUGACAAUGAAGAAAAAGAUUCGGCUUUCCGUGGCAUGUGUCAAAUGAUAACUGUCAAUCCGGGCGGAAUAGUGCAGGACUUCAUAUUCUUCUGCGAUGCGGUCGCAUCAUGGGUCAACCCCAAAGAUGAUCUCAAGGACAUGUUCUCAAAAAUCCUACAUGGCUUCAAAAAUCAGGUCGGAGAGGAAAAUUGGAAACGUUUCUCUGAUCAGUUCCCUCAGCAGCUGCAUGAGCGGCUGUCUUCCAUGUACGGCGUUUGAACACCUUUCAGCUGAUGAGCGUGGGUUGGCGUGGGUGAAACCACGUAUGUGCCUGUCGUCGUCGUGUCGUGUCGUUACUAAGCUGUUGGCAGCAGUCGCGUUGUUAGGGUGGGUGGGGUCAUCAAACCGGGGCGGCCCGGAUAAGGGUGGGGGGAGGGGGGCCUAUCAACUGCCAACAGUCGCGUUCGCGUCUCUCUCUUUCUCUCGACUCAUCGUUUUUCGCGCGCGCGGUAUCCGGGGAAAACUCGCGGGAGUUUCCCCCAUCAACUAAUAAUUAUAGCAAGUCAGGGUCGAUAACUAGUUUUUAUCAUCUCGUAAUUGAUCGACCGGCCCUACUACUGCCGUUGUGUUGUUAUCGUGUUCUUCGUUCCCGGGAAGCAAGUAGAAUCGCGAAUUAUUGGUCAACAACUCUGUGCAACUACCGUGUUGUGCUCGAAUCGUAUAUCAACAACUAUCUAAUCGGGGUUUAGUAAAUGAAAAUCGAAUCGUGCAUUAUUAAGAACAAUUGGGGGUUAAUAAUCGAAUACGCUUAAUCGUGACUAAAUAUUUUAUACGAGUUUAGCUUCUAAAGCAUUUAAAAGCUGUUAUGCGUCGUCGUCGGUAAAAAUAACAAAAUCAAUCGUGAAAUUGUUUUAUGAAAAUCGUCGUUUCAAAUAAGGGAAUGUGGUUUUGUUUCUUGUGGGCAAAAUUGACAAUUACGGCGAGAGUCAACUAAUUAUAACAAACAAUGCUAAAAUAUGAACUUAUCAAUUAUCAUUUUGUACAUUGCAUUGGUUAGUUAUGUUGAUAAUAUUUACGUAGUAACGUUAUUUCUACUCUGUUCAGUUGAUUUAUUUUUGUUCAUCGAUUAUUUCAAAAUAGGAAAUGAAUUUAUUUGAAUCAAUGUUUCAACAUUAUUAUAAUAAGUAGAUUUAGACAUAAGUUUCAUUUUCCGAACUUAAUUAUCAUUGAUUUAUUGAAGAGGAAUCAGAAGAGAUUCCAACCAAACAAGUACUAUUAUUGUAAUUUGUGUUUGGCCACUUGGACAUUUCUUGUCUUGAACGAAACUGUCCUUGUUAAUAGAAUUUUAUAUCAGUUGAUUUCUGUACAUGUGAUCUUUGUUUAUAUUUUAAAUGACGCUCAUUUCCAUAAAGAAUUCAAAAAUGUUAGUUUUAUAUUUUGAACAGUCUCACUUCGACUUUUGGCACUUGUGCCAUUAUGUGGCAACAGAAAUGUGUCUCAAUUAAUAUUUUAUAAUACACCUUUCAUCUUGGAACCUACCAAGAAAUUAGAUUAGACCUUUGUAAUUGAGAAGCUACAAACCCCCAAGUUUACGUAGUACUAUUCACACCCACAAACAAGCUUCUUAAGAAGCUCUCAACUAUUGUAUUCUAUUUUAUAGAAGAAAAUGAUUUAUAUUGGUUUGUUUUGAAUUGAAAUCACUGAAAAACCAGUAAUUGUUAUUUUUUAGAAAUAUAAUAGUUUUCAAUUUAAUUUACUAGUGACAUUCAUUAUAGAGCUUUCUAAUUGUUUUUUAUUGUUAUUUCAGUAAAAAUUGAUAGGUAGUAUUAUAUUCCAACUGGAUUGUACAACAUAUUUUAUGGUAAAACAUUUCUCCUACAUUGAACACCACAAUUAUGAGAAAACUUUCCAGUGAUUUUAACAACUUGAAAUGUAAUAAAUUAGACUCUAGUUUUAAUUGUAUUUCGAAUAUAUUAAUUGUCAUAAUUUGAUAAAACCUGGCACAAUAACCAUAAUUAUUUUUGAACCAACAAAUAAAAUUCCUUGGCCUAUAAUAAUUUAAAAACUGAAGAUGAAUUUAAAUUAGAUGAAGAUAGGUUGUUAUCAACGUUUUAUCCACCACAGAAAAAUUGAGUUUUCAGUAGGAAUAAAAAUGGAUUUUUCCUGAUUUUUAAAAUAGUAUAAAAGAAAUCCUGUUUCCGAGAGAUACUCGAUUAGAUUACUCUAUUAUCCUCCGAACGUACACUAGUCAUAUUUCAAGUAAUAAUAGAAUUGAAAUUAACAUUUAUUUUAACAAUUUUAAAUACAAGUCAGAUCCGUAAUAGUUUGGAUCAAAUAGUUAUUGUUAUAGUCCAUUUUAAAUCAUUCAUUAAUUUAUUCCUUUAUAAAUUCCAUUAUUAUAGUCAUGGGAAACAUCGACUAUUUAGUUGUUUACAAAAGUCCAUUCAAACGUCAACCUAUCUAGUUUUUAUUCAACAUGUACAUCUAAAAAUCAUUAAAAUCUAAUAGCCGAAGGAAAGUUUCCUUUGAAAAAAUAAAUAGUUUUACAAAAUUUAUUAGAAUUGGUUCCAAGAAAACCUCUUCUUCUGAGCUCUGUUUAUGAACUUGAUACUUAUAAAGAAGCUACUAGCCAUAGAAAGCCUAUCGUCUUUGAUGCUGUUCCGUUAAUAGUCAAUAGACUUGAAAGAAAUCCAUUUCAGACGGGAAAGUCCUUCGCGGCUGGUUCAUAAAACGGUAUGGACUACGACUACUUAACUCAGGUUGUACAGAAAUUUGGCUCUUUUGUUAUAGAAAA